AUAGAACAUAGAACAAAAUGCACAGCAAAACACGUCAACGUCAAAUUAUUAUAGGUUAAGUUUAACAAAAUAUUUGUUACCGAGAAAAUAUUGUUAAGAGAAUCAAAGUAUGUUGGCUUUACAACAGUAUGCAAGCAGUAGUGACGAAGAAAGUGACGAUAAAAAUGAGGAGGACGGUAGUCAGACCAAAGUUGAAAUUUUGAAACCAAUUUCUGAAAGUGAUUCCCAAUUUUCACUAAAGAAUCAACUGACAAUAUGCGCCGCACCUACAGUUCUUCCUACAGGUUUGGAAGAAGACAAAAUUCAUAUACACCCUGAUACAAAGGAGUUAACUUAUAAUCCCAAGUUUGACGAAUUGUUUGCUCCAGUCGUAGGCCCUGAAAAUCCUUUUAAAACGCAACAACAGCAAAGUGACAGGAACAUGUUAUCUGGUCAUAUCGAACCGGCCCAUGUGAGUGAAUUCCAAUUCGAGAAUCAGAGAAGGACUUUUGCCAGUUUCGGUUACGCUUUAGACCCCUCGAUUAGUAUAGAUGGACAAAUAAAAGUGGUGGGGUCAACAGAAGAAGGAAAAGAUCCAGAAGGUGUAACGACUGUAUUUGAAGUAACCAAAACAAGACCUUUGGAUAAGAGAAAAAGGAAGAAGAACAGUGACCCUACUGAUAUUGAUGGGUUCUUGGGGCCUUGGGGUGGAUAUAUCGAUGAGCAGAAGGUUGCCAAACCCUCGGAAGAGGAGCAGGCGGAACUGGAUGAGCUUAUUUCGAAGAAAAAUAAACGAGGUAAACCAAUUGAAGACAAACCUGUUGAAGAGAAAUCUGUGCUUCACAUCAAAGAUGCGAUCGAUUACCAAGGCCGUUCAUUCCUGCAUGCGCCUCAAGACGUUGGGGUUAACCUCAAAUCCGAUUCCCCUCCAGAGAAAUGUUUCCUGCCAAAAUCUCACAUCCACACAUGGUCAGGACAUUCGAAAGGCAUCGCUGCCAUCCGAUGGUUUCCAAGAACCGCACACUUAUUUCUAUCUGCCAGUAUGGACUGUCGCAUCAAGUUAUGGGAAGUGUACAACGAAAGGAGGUGCAUCAGGACUUACUACGGUCAUCGGCAGGCGGUUAGGGACAUCAAUUUUAAUAAUUCUGGCCACCGUUUCCUUUCGGCUGGAUAUGAUAGGUAUAUAAAGUUAUGGGACACCGAAACGGGUCAAGUUCUCUCCCGUUUCACCAGCAGGAAGAUUCCCUACUGCGUUAAAUUCAACCCGGACAGCAACAAGCAGCACUUGUUCGUGGCCGGCACUUCCGAUAAGAAAAUUAUCUGCUGGGACACCAGAUCCGGUGAUAUCGUUCAGGAGUACGACAGGCAUUUGGGUGCAGUGAACUCGAUCACCUUUGUGGACGAGAACAGAAGAUUCGUCACAACUUCAGAUGAUAAAUCCUUGAGGGUGUGGGAAUGGGACAUUCCGGUGGACAUGAAGUACAUAGCGGACCCAACGAUGCACAGUAUGCCGGCCGUCACCCCGGCACCAAACGGCAAGUGGUUGGCCUGCCAGAGCAUGGACAACAAGAUCGUGAUAUUCUCCGCCAUGAACAGGUUCAAAAUAAACCGCAAGAAGACCUUCUCCGGACACAUGGUGGCCGGAUAUGCCUGUACUUUGGAUUUCUCCCCCGAUAUGAGUUAUCUUGUGUCGGGAGAUGCUGACGGAAAGUGUUACAUUUGGGACUGGAAAACCACUAAACUGUACAAGAAGUGGAAGGCCCACGAUAAUGUUUGUAUCAGCGUUUUGUGGCAUCCGCACGAACCCAGUAAACUUAUUACAGCUGGAUGGGACGGCUUAAUCAAGUAUUGGGAUUAAUAUCUUACAAUUUAUUAUUAACUGUAAAUAAAACUUUUUUUAUAA